AUGCUGCCUAUAAAAGAGCUACAGCAUGAAAAUAAUAGUAAGCUUCCAAAUUUUUAAUUAAAGAAAUUAUUAAUUUUAACUCAUUUAUUUUUAUACCAAAAAAUGGCUUGUUCCAGUGUACUUCUAUUAGGUGUCAUAACUUUCGCUGUUAUUGUUUCUACAGAGGUUGAUUGCGCUCCAUCUGAUUGGUUAGCAGAUGCCAAUAGUGCUAUUAAGGAUUCUUUAGCUAAGGUAUCUACUUAUGGAGUAGAAGAUGGAAAAGUUAAGGAAAUUGUAAAUAAAGGCUUUGAAGACUUCGCUAGUUUUACUAAAGAUGGUAUCAACAAAUUAUUAGCCAAGGUAGAACAAAAUGAGGCCAUGAAGAGCAAAUUAAACGUUUGGCUCAAAGAAGUGGACGACAUUAGAAACUCUAAAAAUGGAGUUGAAGAAACAGGAAAAACUGCACUGAAAAAGUUUGAAGAGACUAUUGAUUACAUAGCAGAGGAAGCUGUUUCAUAUAAAAAGGAUGUAGAAACAAAUCCAAAUGAAGAAAUAUUGAAAGAAGCAGGAGGAUUAAUUAGAAGUACUACAAAUAAAUUAGUUGAAAAUAUGAAAUCCAUAGAAUCUCAAAUUCAAGCUGUCAAGGUUGCCUAAAAAUACGAAAUUCUUGAAUUUUGUUUGCAUUUAAAAAGUGAAAUUCUCAAUUGUUAUAAAAUUUAUUUAUUUUAAUAUAUAUGUUUUUAUUACAUAUUUAUAAAUAAAUAUAUACAAAAAAAAUUUCGUUAAUUAAUUAUA